CUCAUCCGCUCUCUGAAUAUUAUUACAUUUCCGCUUCCUUUUCUUGACAAAUCAAGCAACUUAGUUAAGCACUUGUCACGAGCAAUGUCUUUCCUUUCAGCUAUUUUCAGUUGUUUUAUACCUUCAUCACGUGGAUCUGGUGAUGUAGCCGUAGCUGCCAACGAGAAAGAGAAAGGGAACCCAAACAAGCACACAUCAAGCAAAUCAAAAUCCAAGGGAGCUCCAAUAGUAGUAUCCCACUUCCCUCUUGGUUCCAAUUCAUCGCGCUUGUAGCAGGUUUUGAUGCAACAAAAUACUGGUAAGAUCUCAACAACAUCCUUCAUCACUCAUUUGCCUGUUAAAUGGCAGUGAACCUGAGUCCUGAGCCAUGUUGGGAAGAAGAUCCUGUGAUAAAGGCUGCUGGAAAAGUAGUGAGCUAGGAAUGAGGUUGUUCCCUAUACCUUCUUGAAGACAGUCUCAGAACCUGGCUUCACAUGGAAAGGUGUUCCAUAUAGCAUUUCCAUAUAAUGUCAUGAAUCAAUAUCUUGUAAUGUUCAUGUAACUGGUAUUGGAAUAAUAAACUAAAUUGGAAAUU